AUGCUAAGCUGCAAGGAGCUUCUGAACGCUGCGGUGCUUCUAGCUGUGUAUUCGGUGUCUGCUUACGCUGUUGGUGACUGGGGCCAAACGCUAGACAAGGGAUCAUGCUGUGGCGGCACAUAUAACAACUUCGAUCUCCAUGCUCAAGAAAUUGUCGGGAAGCUCAUGGACAUCCAAGCCGGCACCGCCGUGAAACCCAAGGCUGUCCUCGGCCACGGUGACAGCUUCUACUGGACGGGUAUCGACAGUCUGGAAAGCCGCGACUCGCGUUUCCAGACGACGUACGAGUCCCGAUACAACGGCGACAACAUCAAGAACGUGCCCUGGGUGAACGUCAUGGGCAACCACGACUAUGGUGGUGCAAACUAUGUCUGCAAUGUCGGUGACCAACUCGUCCAGUGCAACAGCACGGCCGAGAUGCUUCAGGGACUUGAAAACAAGUUCCGGUACCAAAAAGACUACACUAGUCCUAACGACAACCGCUGGGCUUUGGAAGACCGUUUUUACGUCCGUCGCAUCGAGGAUGCUGCAACUGGUGUGAGCAUCGACAUCUUCAACAUCGACAUGAACGAUGCCGACAUCGCCGGCUCGCACGGUGUCUGCUGUCAGUGCUAUGGCUACGCAAAGCAGGACAGCGGUGGAUGCAAUAGCAUCGCCCGUGGGGAUAAAUAUUGUUGUGGUGGAGACAACACGAUGUACGACACGUGCAUGGCCAAGUUCGUGCAGUGGGCCGAGGAGUCACGCACGCUUCUGGCCAAGCACGCGAAGGCGUCGACAGCGACGUGGAAGAUCGUGAACAGCCAUUUUAGUCCCAUCCAGCACUACAAGGAGGACGGCAUGCACAAGUGGCUCGAUGCACUGAAAGGCACGGGUAUCCACGCUUUCAUUUACGGUCACACCCACGGUGAGAAGCACGAUUAUUCGGAGUCGCAUCGCAUCCACUUUGUGGAGAAUGGUGCUGGUGGCGGUACGAAGAAAGAGUUCGCGAGCACCAUUCCGGCGUUUGCGACCCAGUAUGUGAAAAAGGAGUGGGCGUUUACGGGAGACGAGUACGGUUUCUUCUCGGUGGAGGGCUCCAAGGACUGGCUGAAAUUGCAGUACCACACCGCGGACAGCAACUGGAAGUUCACCGAGAAGUGGGCUGAGACGACUAUUGGAGGUGUGGCGACCAAGCACUGCUGGUACGUCCCGCAUGAUGGCUCCGAAGGCAAGGCAUGCUAG